GCAGAAGCAGCAGCGGCUCCUCUCUGUGUGUCUCUGCUGAAGAAGCUCUGAAGUCUGUGUGAUCGGAUGUGCGUGUGAUCGAUCAGAGGCCAGCUCUGCAGCUCUGCGAUGGAGGUGUGUGAGGAGAGAGAGGACCGGCUCCCUGAACCUAAACCAGGACCAGAACCAGAACCAGAGCCUGAGCCAGAACCUGAGCCCAGCUGCGUGUCCAUGAGGAGCGACUGCUCCAAAGAUAAACCCAUUGAAUUCAAAAAUCAAACUACUUCUAAAAACAAGAUCCAUCUGGAGACACCAGACUGCCCUGAGCCCAGCUGUGUGUCCCUGAGAAGCGACCACUCCAAAGAUCGACCCAUUGAAUUCCAAAAUAAAGUUACUUAUAAAAACAAGAUCCAUCUGGAGACACCAGACUGCCCUGAGCCCAGCUGUGUGUCCCUGAGGAGCGACCACUCCAAAGAUCAACACAUUCAAUUCCAAAAUAAAGUUACUUAUAAAAAUAAGAUCCAGCAGCAGACACCAGGCUGCCCUGAGCCCAGCUGUGUGUGGAGGAGCGAUGCGUCUAUACAGAGAUUUGACGAGUUCAAAGACACACAGCACUCUGUGGACCAUGGGAUCCAGCAGCAGAGACCAGACUGGCCUGAGCCCAGCUGUGUGUGGAGGAGCGAUGCGUCUAUACAGAGAUUUGAUGAGUUCAAAAACACACAGCACUCUGUGGACCGUGGAGUCCCCCAGUGGAGCUCAGAGGUUCCCAGUGAAACUCUCAGAGGGUGCCAGCGUGAACUCAGAUCUAACCUGAAGAAGAAAUUUGACUGUGUGUUUGAGGGGAUUGCUAAAGCAGGAAACCCAACACUUCUGAAUCAGAUCUACACAGAGCUGUACAUCACAAAGGGAGGGAGUGGAGAGGUCAAUGAGGAACAUGAGGUCAAAUGGAUUGAAACAGCAGCCAGGAAACCAGCCAGACUAGAAACACCAAUCAAAUGCGAGGACAUCUUCCAACCUACACCUGGAAGAGAUCGGCCAAUCAGAACAGUGAUGACAAAGGGAGUGGCUGGCAUUGGGAAAACAGUCUUAACACAGAAGUUCACUCUUGACUGGGCUGAACACAAAGCCAACCAGCAUGUCCACUUCACAUUUCCAUUCACUUUCAGAGAGCUGAAUCUGCUGAGAGGGAGAAAGUUGAGCUUGGUGGAACUUCUUCAUCGCUUCUUCACUGAGACCAAAGAAGCAGGAAUCAGCAGGUUUGAGCAGUUCCAGGUUGUGUUGAUCUUAGACGGUCUGGAUGAGUGUCGACCUCCUCUGGACUUCAAGAACAGCGAGAUCCUGACUGAUGUUACAGAGUCCACCUCAGUGGACGUUCUGCUGACAAACCUCAUCAAGGGGAACCUGCUUCCCUCUGCUCGCCUCUGGAUAACCACACGACCCGCAGCGGCCAAUCAGAUCCCUCCUGAGUGUGUUGGCAUGGUGACGGAGGUGAGAGGCUUCACUGACCCACAGAAGGAGGAAUACUUCAGGAAGAGAUUCAGAGAUGAGGAGCAGGCCAGCAGAAUCAUCUCCCACAUCAAGACGUCCCGAAGCCUCCACAUCAUGUGCCACAUCCCAGUCUUCUGCUGGAUCACUGCUACAGUUCUGGAGGACGUGUUGAAAACGAGUGAGGGAGGAGACCUGCCCAAGACCCUGACUGAGAUGUACAUCCACUUCCUGGUGGUCCAGUCCAUACAGAGCAAUGUCAAGUAUCAUGAGAAACAUGAGACAGAUCCACUCUGGACUCCAAAGACCAGGGAGAUGAUCCUGUCUCUGGGAAAACUGGCUUUUGAGCAGCUGGAGAAAGGCAACCUGAUCUUCUAUGAAGCAGACCUGACAGAGUGUGGCAUUGAUAUCAGAGCAGCCUCAGUGUACUCAGGAGUGUUCACACAGAUCUUUAAAGAGGAGCGUGGGCUGUACCAGGACAAGGUUUUCUGCUUCGUCCAUCUGAGUCUUCAGGAGUUUCUGGCUGCUCUUUAUGUCUUUGUGACAUUCAUCAACUCUGGAGUCAAUCUGAUGUCAGAAGGACAGUCAACCUCUCAACUAAAACACCUCUACCAGAGUGCUGUGGACAAGGCCUUACAGAGCCCAAAUGGACACCUGGACUUGUUCCUGCGCUUCCUCCUGGGUCUUUUACUGGAGACCAAUCAGACUCUCAUACGAGGCCUGAUGACACAGACAGGAAGUAGCUCACAGACCAAUCAGGAAACAGCAGAGUUCAUCAAGGAGAAGAUCAGAGAGAAUCCCUCUCCAGAGAGAAGCAUCAACCUGUUCCACUGUCUGAAUGAGCUGAAGGACCAUUCUCUCGUGGAGGAGAUCCAACAGUACCUGAGAUCAGGACGUCUCUCCAGAGUCAAACUGUCCCCUGCUCAGUGGUCAGCUCUGGUCUUCAUCUUAUUGUCAUCGUCAUCAGAAGAAGAUCUGGAUGUGUUUGACCUGAAAAAAUACUCUUCUUCAGAGGAGGCUCUUCUAAGGCUGCUGCCAGUCGUCAAAGCCUCCAGGAAAUCUGUGCUGAGUGUGUGUAAUCUGUCCGAGAGAAGCUGUGCAGCUCUGGCCUCAGUUCUCAGCUCACAGUCCUCUAAUCUGAGAGAGCUGGACCUGAGUAACAACGAGCUGCAGGAUUCAGGAGUGAAGCUGCUCUCUGCUGGACUGGAGAGUCCAAACUGUCGACUGGAGACUCUCAGGUUGUCAGGCUGUCUGGUCACACUGGAAGGCUGUGCUUCUCUGGCCUCAGCUCUGAGCUCCAACCCCUCCCAUCUGAGAGAGCUGGACCUGAGCUACAAUCAUCCAGGAGACUCAGGAGUGAAGCUGCUCUCUGCUGGACUGGAGGAUCCAACCUGGAGACUGGAGGCUCUGAGGGUGGACCAUGGUGGAGAGCAGAGGUUGAAACCAGGCCUGAGGAAGUAUUCCUGUGACCUCACACUGGACGUAAACACGGCGUUCAAGGAACUCGUCCUGUCCGAGGACAAGAGGACAGUGAGCCACGUGAAAGAGGUGCAGCCGUACCCCGAUCACCCUGACAGGUUCACCCGCUGCAAACAGAUCCUGUGCGGAGAGGGCCUGACCGGUCGCUGCUACUGGGAGGUGGAGUUUAAAGGAAAGGUGAACAUAUCAGCCGCUUACAAGGGAAUCAAAAGGAUGGGGAACAGCAUCGACUGUGUGCUCGGAGGGAACGACAAGUCCUGGAAUCUGUCCUACUUCGAUGGAAGUUUCACCGCCUGGCACAACAACAAAGGGACCAACAUCCAGGGCCCGUCCUCCUUUCACAGAGUGGCGGUGUAUCUGGACUGGCCCGCCGGCUCUCUGUCCUUCUACUGCGUCUCCUCGGACACACUGAUCCACCUGCACACCUUCACCUGCAGCUUCACCGAGCCGCUGUACCCGGGCUUCAGGCUGUGGGCCGACGAGCCCUCAGUGACGCUGUGUCAGCUGGAGCAGGGAGGGCCGCACUGACGCACACACACACACACACACACACACACACACAUAUCACAUUGACUUACAUUCAUUUUUCACAGCCUUCUAGAACCUUUACCUAGUCCUAGCCGUAAACGUAACCGACGCACGCCCAAACUAAACCUUUGCCCUUAAAUCUAAACCUAAUUCUGACCUUAAUCUAGACCUAACGCUAAUCUUAAACUAAGCCUAAUUCUCACUUUAAUCUAAACCUAAAUCUAAGCUUAAUCUAAACCUAGUUCUAAUCUUAAUUUAAACCUAAUUCUAACUUUAACCCUCAUGCUAACCUAAAUCUAACCCUCAACUUAAUCUAAAUUUAAUUCUAACCUUAUCUUAAUCCUAAUCCUAGCCUUAACUUAAACCUUAUACUAGAUUUAUCUUAAACCCAAUUUUAACCUUAAUCUAACCCCGCUUCUAACCAUAAUCUAACCCUAACCCCGGCCUUAAAUUAAACCUACCUCUAAUCUUAAUUUCAACCUAAUUCUAACCCUAAUCUAAACUUAAUUCUAACUUUAACCCUGAUUCUAACUUAAACCUAAACCUCAACUUAAUCUAAACUUAAUUCUAACCUUACCUUAAUCCUAAUCCUAGCCUUAAUUUAAACCUUAUCCUAGACUUAUCUUAAAUCCAAUUUUAACCUUAAUCUAACCCCGCUUCUAACCUUAAUCUAACCCUAACCCUGGCCUUAAGUUAAACCUAAUUCUAGCUUUAACUGAAACUUAAAUCUAACCUUAACCAAUAAGCCAGAGUUUGCCUUUGUAGUUGUGAAGGACCGGCCAAGCUGUCUCUUCUCUGUGGGGCCGGUGCUGGACUUCCACACUUUAUGGCACCGACUGAACUGCUUCAAUACCAAAAUGCCACGGUACCGAAAUUAAGCACCGAAUGACAUUCGUUACCUAAUACCUAAGGAGUAAAUCCUGUUAGUGGGCCAAUAAGCACGCAGCAUGCUUGUGUCAAGAUCCAGAGGCAUACAGGAAAAGACACCAUGUUACACCCAGAGACGUUAAUUAUUGAUUUAAUGAGUUUAUUUGAAAAACAGUAUUGUUCAGGACCCGUUAUCGUAACAUCAAGGUAUUAGUACCAGUGCCAGUAAUGACAAUUUCUGAACAAUACUCAGCCCUGGUCCUCACUGUGUAGAACACACACACACACACACACGCAUGCACGCACAAGAGCGAAAGCAAUAUCUCCGCCUGAUGGAGAUAAUAAGAUCAAUCAACUGAGAAAAUCCUAAUCGAUGUGGAGGCCCAUCCAUUAAUUUAUUGUUUACUUGUUUGUUUUGUUUUACUCUUUGUGUGUGUGUGUGUGUGUGUGUGUGUGUGUGCGUGUGUGCGUGUGUGUGCAUGCGUGCGUGCGUGUGUGUGUGUGUGUGUGUCUGAGGCUGUUAACGUCGAAGCUACCUCCCAAGUUUGGGAGAUAGAACGAGAGAUUGACACAGUUAAAUAUUUAGAGUUUUAUAUAAAAUCAACUAUAUAUGAAUGAACACUUCCCAUGUGAUGAGGACAGUCAAGCUGUUUAUGUGUUUGUGUGUGUGUGUGUGUGUGUGUGCAACUCUCUCUCCCAACACUGAGUCUAUCUCGCUUGACCUCUGACCCCAGAGUCAGCGGUUUUUUAACUGCAAUAUAAUCUCUGCUGCUGAAAAAGCUUUUUGCGGACAGAUAUCAGUGACUCCACUGAGCGAGCGCGGCUGUAUUUUGUGUAAGAGGCAUAUUUAUUUAGUUUGUACGCUGCUAACAUAACAUAACUCCUUUCUGGUGUUAAAUCAAGCUCGACCUGCGUGCUCCGGUCACAGGAUUCAGUAUGGAACUACAGCGGCUAAUCAACCACAGGCUGACCCGGCGUGGGGCCUUUGGUUCACGGCAGGCACAGUAUUUCCUGGUGGUUCACCUCGCCAUGGCAACAGCUGUAAACAUUCAGCCGAUGUCAGCAGAAGAGUUUAUUUGCAUUGGGAAUGAGGAAUGAAUGAAGAAAAUGAAAAUAAGAAUUGUGACAAUAAGCGUUGGUUUUGGGAGGAGUAGAGUCGAACAUUAUUAUUUCAUUAACAGCAACGCAGCUAAAUAGGAUUCACUUAGCUCACACCUAAUUGGCUAAUAUUGUUGUUAACCUAAGGUAGACUAUUAAUUACAUUCCAAACAUUUUAAUGUAAAAAUGCUGACUAUUUUAAUUAACUUUAAUUAACUUUAAUUAACUUCCUUGGUUGUUGCUGCGACACGGAGAGAUCCACCAGACAGCAGCUGCUGCUAAUGUCACCGUGGACGUUUCAAUCAAGUUUACUCAAACCAACUCUUCUGCUGCCGCGGUGACAUCAGUUGAACGUGUACAGCUGUUGCCAUGACAACGCGAACCACCGGAAAUUCUCUGAUUUGCUGUUAAAAGGCCGACUAAGGUCCACGCUGGUUCUGCCCAUUCAGUUUCUAUGGUCACGUCUUGAACUGGAGCAAAACGCAGCUGCACGGCUGUGAACAGCAAACAGAGUCUGACAGAAUCGUGCCAUUUUAACGGAGUUAAAAAGCUGAAAAUGUUUAUUUUAUUUUUAGAUGAAUGUUUCCUCGUUGAGCUACUCAACAAAGAUUGUCACUUUGGAGACCUUGUAGGAGUUUGAUCCACUGCGCGCUGUGUGUCCUGGCUGACCUUCCGUAGUGUUCUCUCAUCGUUUUAUAAUUAUUUAUUCACAAAUAGGUCCUUUUAUGUUCAGUCAUACAAAAUGUGUCAUGAUAACUUUACUACAUGUCUGUGUCAUGUUUUUGUUCCUUUUUUUUUUAGGCUUAGAGACGAAUAAUCUUGGUCCUUACACUUUUCCAGGUUUUGGCAGCAGAGCCGUAAUGGCGUCCGUUUCUCACAUGUGCUGCUAGCAUCAUCUCAAAGGAAUGCAGGCACUCUGUUUUUGUGGAAACGUGUAUUAAUUCUGUAGUUUGCACAUUUAGGAAUGCAGCGUGUGCAGUGGACGAACAACUAACAAACUCCCAACAACAUGUUUUAUUGUUUAAAGAAAUCUUAUUGUAUGUCAGUGUGUUUGUCAGUUUGAUUUGGUUGGUGUGUGUUGCUGUUACCACAGUGUCCAGGAGGUGGAGCUGUGGAGGUGUUUGUCUGAAAACAUUACAUAUCUCUGUCCCACUAACAUGUAGGACUAAUGUUUUUUGUCUUGUUGACAACAUACCACCACAGCCUUUGUCAGAUUGCUGAGUGCAAUAUUAGACACAAAAAUACAUUUUAUAUCCGUUUAUUUUGAUUUUAACUUCACACACAUUAGAGAGACACAGAGAGUGAAUGGAAGGCGAAGGCGAAGGCGAAGGCGGUCCUUGCUGUCUUCUUUGGUCGGGUCACAGCCGUUACACCACCUGUUGCUCCGAUUCCAACUCCAACUCAGGAGUGAACGAUCACCUGUUACUUUCCAUCUGUAAAGUUUUAACCGGCGAGCUCCAACACAUCUCAGGGGACAGUGCAUCCCUGUUGUCCUACUACUCUCAGAAAAAUAGUUGCACUAAAUGGUUCUUCAAAUAACCCUCUGGUUCUACAGAGAACCGUCACCAGUUGAAGAACCUCUUUAUUUAGGGGCUGGUUCUUCACUUUCAGUGGUUCUUUGAAGUGCUAAAGGUUCUUCAUGUUCAUUGGAGUUAUUUGGUGGCGGCAGCAGCUAACAAUUCUUUUCCUUGUGGAUU